GCCGUAGCAGUCUGCAUCUGUGUACGUCCCUGGAAUAACCGUUGGCUCCCAGCGCCCAUUCGUUGCUCUCCAAUUGCAGUUUGCCGUUACGUUUUCAUAAUUUACUUUUACUUUUUGUUUAGUUGAAGAGCGGUCAGAAAAGGAGACGGUUCUGGUAAAACAGUAAAACAGUUUGACUUUGCGCGCCUCUGAGAUGGAGGCAAAUGAUAAAAAAGCGCAAAUUCCGAUUGAAAACAAAAGUAUGUAAGCAAAGACCUGAUAAGAAAAUAAACGCUGACAAGUUGAAGGCAUUUGCGCCUUUGUCUUGGCGGUACGGAUAUUCACAUAACUCACGGCCCAGGCGGGAGCAAGAUGCGCUGCUUGAAUGAUUGACCGCUUACAAAUUCGUCGCUUGGGUGCAGCUGCUCGUAAUAAACGGACGGGAGGCAGCGGCAGCUUUCACUCCGCCAGCGGCAUCACAACGCCAGCGACAGCCAGCACCAGUUCCUCCAGCGGAAACAGCCUGACACCGCAGCAACACCAACAGCAUCCGCAUUCCCAUCAACAGCAGCAGCAGCAACAGCAGCAGCAGCAGCAGCAACAGCAGCAGCAGCAGCAGCAACAGCAGCAGCAGCAGCAGCAACAGCAGCAGCACCAACAGCAUCCGCACCAGCAUCAGCAUCAGCAUCCGCACUCGCAUCUGCGUAGCUCGCAGCAGCAAAUCAGCCAUUUGAACUUUAAUCCAUCGCCGGGUAGCAGUCCUUGCAACGGAUUGGGCACACGCCAAGAUGCAUCCAGCGUGCUCAACAGUCCGACCACGAUUGUGAACUCGGGCAGCGGCAGCAGCACUGCCUACGGUGGGAUGCAGCAGCAGCCUGGCGGCUUGUCAACGGCUGCAGGCGCGGGAGCGUCAACGGCCAUCGGUGGCCAAUCCACGAGCAAUGCCCACAACAAUGGAGCCGGUGCCUCAGUGUGUCCCGUGGGCGGCGUUGGCGGCGGCCUCAAUCUGCUGGGCGGCAUUGGCGGCCUGGGCGGUGGAGCCGCCGCGGCGGGCAUGGGCAUCUGCGGUGGCAUCAGCAGCACUGUGGGCAGCGCCGCCAUUACGGGCGUGCCACCGAUCGGAUUGGGCAUCGCCACUGGCAUCGGCAAUAAGAUUAUGCUCGGCAGGAAGCAGAGCCUCAAGGGCGGCGAACCCUUUCUGGCCGACUACGGCCCGGAGGAGUCGCUGAAUGAGAGCGCGGACAUCGAGUGGGUCAACAAGCUGUGGGUGCGCCGGCUCAUGCGUCUCUGUGCAUUGGUCUCACUCGCCUCCGUCUCGCUGAAUACGCCCAAGACCUUCGAGCGUCAUCCCUCGUUGCAGUACAUCACCUUUGUGUCCGAUACGGCCGUGACGGUGCUCUUCACGGCCGAAAUGAUUGCCAAGAUGCACAUUCGUGGAGUACUGAACGGUGAGGUGCCUUACUUGAAGGAUCACUGGUGCCAGUUCGAUGCGUCCAUGGUGAGCUUUCUCUGGGUCUCCAUCAUACUCCAGAUAUUCGAAGUGCUUGAGAUUGUGCCAAAAUUCUCGUAUCUAUCUAUUAUGCGUGCUCCACGUCCGCUGAUUAUGAUACGAUUCCUGCGAGUGUUCCUCAAGUUCAGCAUGCCCAAGAGUCGCAUCAAUCAAAUUUUCAAACGCUCGAGUCAGCAAAUCUACAAUGUGACGCUCUUCUUCUUAUUCUUUAUGUCGCUAUACGGACUGCUCGGCGUACAGUUCUUCGGGGAGCUGAAGAAUCACUGCGUCAUGAAUAAUACGAACUAUGAUCUGCUGGGCAGGCCGAUACUCACGAUCAAUUCGCUGGCUAUACCGGACACCUUCUGCUCCAUGGACCCAGACUCCGGUUAUCAGUGUUCACCUGGAAUGCGUUGCAUGAAGAUGGACUUCCUCAGUAGCUAUGUCAUUGGCUUCAAUGGCUUCGAGGACAUUGCCACGAGUAUUUUUACGGUCUAUCAGGCCGCAUCGCAGGAGGGAUGGGUGUUCAUCAUGUACCGGGCCAUAGACUCACUGCCGGCCUGGCGUGCCGCAUUCUACUUCAGCACCAUGAUAUUUUUCCUAGCUUGGCUGGUGAAGAACGUCUUCAUUGCUGUCAUCACGGAGACCUUCAACGAGAUACGCGUCCAGUUUCAACAGAUGUGGGGAGCCAGGGGGCAUAUCCAAAAGACGGCCGCCUCCCAGAUACUCAGCGGCAACGACUCCGGCUGGCGAUUGGUCACGAUCGAUGAUAACAAGCACGGCGGCUUGGCACCGGAGACAUGCCAUGCCAUCCUCCGCUCGCCCUACUUCCGGAUGCUGGUCAUGACGGUCAUCCUGGCCAAUGGCAUUGUGACGGCCACGAUGGCGUUCAAGCACGAUGGCCGGCCUCGUCACGUCUUUUACGAGAGAUAUUACUACAUCGAGGUGAUAUUCACCUGCCUGCUCGAUCUCGAGACACUGUUUAAGAUCUACUGCCUGGGCUGGCGCGGCUACUACAAGCAUUCAAUACACAAGUUCGAGCUCCUGCUGGCCGCUGGCACCACGCUGCACAUCGUGCCCAUCUUUUAUCUGUCUGGAUUGACGUACUUUCAAGUGCUCCGGGUCGUGCGGCUGAUUAAGGCCUCCCCCAUGCUCGAGGGCUUUGUCUACAAGAUCUUUGGGCCCGGCAAGAAGCUCGGCUCCCUGAUCAUCUUCACCAUGUGCUUGCUGAUCAUCAGCUCCAGCAUUUCAAUGCAACUGUUUUGUUUCCUCUGCGAUUUCACCAAGUUCGAGUCGUUCCCGGAGGCCUUCAUGAGCAUGUUCCAGAUUCUGACACAGGAGGCCUGGGUGGAGGUCAUGGAUGAGACCAUGAUACGCACCAGCAAGACGCUGACACCGCUUGUCGCCGUCUACUUCAUACUCUACCAUCUUUUCGUAACGCUCAUCGUGCUCAGUCUUUUCGUGGCGGUCAUUUUGGAUAAUUUGGAGCUGGACGAGGACAUAAAAAAGCUGAAGCAGCUCAAGUUUCGCGAGCAAAGCGCCGAAAUCAAAGAAACUCUACCAUUUCGCCUACGAAUCUUUGAGAAAUUCCCAGACUCACCACAAAUGACCAUUCUGCACCGUAUUCCCAAUGACUUUAUACUACCCAAGGUACGUGAGAGUUUCAUGAAACAUUUUGUAAUCGAACUGGAGACGGACGAUCCGUCGCUUGUCGAGAACUGUAAGCGUCCCAUGUCCGAGUGCUGGGAGUCCAAUGUGGUAUUCCGCAAGCAGAAGCCGGUGCGCAUCAUGAACAAGACGGCCAAGGUGAGAGCCGCUGGCAGUAGCCUCCGAAAGUUGGCAAUCACACACAUUAUUAACGAUAGCAACAAUCAACGCCUGAUGCUGGGCGACUCAGCGAUGCUGCCCGUGGUGGGCACCAAAGGUGGCCUCAAGUCCCAGGGGACGAUCACGCACUCGAAGCCCUGGCGCGUCGAUCAGAAAAAAUUCGGCUCCCGUUCGAUACGUCGCAGCGUCCGUUCCGGUUCGAUCAAGCUGAAGCAGACCUACGAGCAUCUGAUGGAGAACGGUGACAUUGCGGCCGCACCACGUGCCAACUCGGGCCGGGCCCGGCCUCACGAUCUGGACAUCAAGCUGCUGCAGGCGAAGCGCCAACAGGCAGAAAUGCGACGCAAUCAGCGCGAGGAAGAUCUACGGGAAAACCAUCCGUUCUUCGACACGCCGCUGUUUCUGGUGCCGCGCGAGAGUCGCUUCCGCAAGAUCUGCCAGAAGAUCGUGCACGCGCGCUACGAUGCGCGCCUGAAGGAUCCCCUAACCGGCAAGGAGCGCAAGGUGCAGUACAAGAGCUUGCAUAACUUCCUAGGUCUGGUCACCUAUCUGGACUGGGUGAUGAUAUUCGCCACCACGCUCUCGUGCAUCUCGAUGAUGUUCGAGACGCCCAGCUACCGCCUGAUGGAUCAUCCCACGCUGCAGAUCGCUGAAUAUGGCUUCGUCAUCUUCAUGAGCCUGGAGCUGGCCAUGAAGAUACUGGCCGAUGGCUUGUUCUUCACGCCCAAGGCGUAUAUCAAGGACGUCGCUGCAGCGCUGGACGUGUUCAUCUAUGUUGUCUCCACGUCGUUUCUGUGCUGGAUGCCGCACAAUAUUCCCACCAAUUCGGCGGCCCAGCUGCUGAUGAUACUGCGCUGUGUCCGUCCGUUGAGAAUCUUUACGCUUGUUCCGCACAUGCGUAAGGUGGUGUAUGAGCUGUGCCGAGGCUUUAAGGAAAUCCUAUUGGUAUCCACGCUGCUGAUCCUGCUCAUGUUCAUCUUUGCCAGCUACGGCGUACAGCUGUACGGCGGACGCUUGGCCCGCUGCAACGAUCCGACAAUACUGCGCCGUGAGAACUGUGUCGGUGUCUUUAUGCGACGCGUCUUUGUUACGAAAAUGAAGCUGACUCCGGGUCCAGACGAGUCCUAUCCGGCGAUGUUGGUGCCGCGCGUCUGGGCCAAUCCGCGUCGCUUCAACUUUGACAAUAUUGGCGAUGCUAUGCUCACCCUCUUCGAGGUGCUGUCGUUCAAGGGCUGGCUAGAUGUGCGCGAUGUACUCAUCAAAGCUGUUGGACCGAUCCAUGCCAUUUAUAUUCACAUCUACAUCUUCUUGGGCUGCAUGAUCGGACUGACGCUGUUCGUGGGCGUGGUCAUUGCCAACUAUUCGGAGAACAAGGGCACAGCCCUGCUCACCGUGGAUCAGCGGCGAUGGUGCGACCUCAAGAAACGUCUCAAAAUCGCUCAGCCCCUGCACUUGCCUCCACGUCCGGAUGGACGCAAGAUUCGUGCCUUUACUUACGAUAUUACGCAGCACAUCAUCUUCAAGCGGGUCAUUGCUGUGGUGGUGCUCAUAAACAGCAUGUUGCUGUCCAUAACGUGGAUCAAGGGCGAAGUGCACACGGAACGUCUCGUGAUUGUGAGCGCCGUCCUCACCUUUGUCUUCGUCAUCGAGGUGGUCAUGAAGAACAUUGCAUUCACACCCCGUGGCUACUGGCAAUCCAGGCGCAAUCGAUACGAUUUGCUGGUAACCGUCGCGGGCGUCAUCUGGAUAAUACUGCAAACUAUACUCAGGAACGAUUUGUCGUACUUCUUUGGAUUUAUGGUAGUUAUCCUGCGGUUCUUUACCAUCACUGGAAAGCAUACCACUCUGAAGAUGCUGAUGCUAACGGUCGGCGUGUCCGUCUGCAAGUCAUUCUUCAUCAUAUUUGGAAUGUUUCUGCUGGUCUUCUUCUAUGCAUUAGCCGGCACCAUUCUGUUUGGCACCGUUAAAUAUGGCGAAGGCAUUGGGCGACGCGCCAACUUCGGAUCACCUGUGACAGGUGUUGCGAUGCUGUUUCGCAUUGUCACAGGCGAGGACUGGAAUAAGAUCAUGCACGACUGCAUGGUACAACCGCCGUACUGCACGCGAGGCGAAAACUACUGGGAAACGGAUUGCGGCAAUUUUACGGCUAGUUUGAUUUACUUUUGCACAUUCUACGUCAUAAUCACGUACAUUGUGCUCAAUCUGCUUGUGGCUAUUAUCAUGGAGAACUUUUCGCUGUUCUACUCGAACGAGGAGGAUGCGUUGCUCUCGUAUGCAGACAUACGCAAUUUCCAGAACACUUGGAAUAUUGUGGAUAUACACCAGCGGGGCGUCAUACCGGUUCGCCGGGUCAAGUUCAUUUUGAGGCUAUUGAAGGGCCGGCUCGAGUGUGAUCCCCAAAAGGAUCGCUUGCUGUUCAAGUACAUGUGCUACGAGCUGGACAAGCUGCACAAUGGCGAGGAUGUAACCUUUCACGAUGUCAUUAACAUGUUGUCCUAUCGCUCCGUUGACAUACGAAAGGCGCUGCAGCUGGAGGAGCUGCUGGCACGCGAGGAAUUCGAGUACCUGGUCGAGGAGGAGGUGGCCAAGAUGACAAUACGUACCUGGCUCGAAGGUUGUCUCAAGAAGAUUCGAGCGCAAAAUGCUAGCAAACAGCAAAACUCACUUAUCGCCGGAUUACGGGCCACCAAUGAGCAGAUAGUGAUGCGCGCCAAUGUGCUGGAGGACAAGGCGCCUGGUGGCAUCAUAGACAAGUCAGCGAUCAGCACCAUCAGCGGUGCGGUGGCUGGCACCUGUCCGCCCACCAGCGACGCCUUCUCGCCCACACUGAGCUCCACGGAGAAUGAUGAGAAGGAUGCCAGCAGUAGCGCCGUGGUGCCGCCUCAUGCUGAUCCGCACGUCUCGAACACCCGCUAUGUGAUGGCCGUUGGGAAGCGGGCGUAUGCGCUCAAUCGCAGCGAUUCGACGGGCAGCUCGGCGGGACGCAAGUUCUUGGCGCCCACCUCGAGCGAUCCCCAGCAGCGCUCCACGCUGAGCGACAAGGAGCGACUGCACAUCAGCAGCCAGCAGCGCAAAAAGAACUCGAUGACCACCUUGCCCCACACCGGCCAGCUGGGCCAGUUGGGCAAGCAGCGCGACGGCAACAAAGCCUCCAGUUUCUUCUCUCAGCUGAACAGCGAGAUCGGGCAGUUUCACUAUCCGGCAAUAAAUGCGUCGGCGGCCGCAGCGGCGGCGCUGCACAGCUACGCGGAUCACCAGCAUCAGCAUCAUCAUGGACCGCUCAGUAGUCCCUCGGCAAUGAUUAGCCAGCUGAUUGGGGGCAGCGGGAAGCUGCUGCCGUUCAACAAUCAGGCGAACGCCGUCUAUGAGGUGCACGACUGGUGGCAGGAGCAGGUCCUCUGCUCGCAGGCCAGUGACGAGGAGGUGUGAGCCAGCAGGGCAGGCCUCAGGGCUUUCAGCCAUCAUUGCCGUGCAUUAGCGCCUUAUUGAAAACGAACGAUUUGUCGCCUGUUCAAACUCAAACUCAAACUCAAACUAGUGGCCUACAGAACCAUAUAUACCAUUUAUUCUAAUGAAUGUAAAUAUUACCGCGCUCGGACGUAACGCACAAAACGUAUUCCAUAUAUAGUUGUGUGUGUGUGUGUUUAGGCAUUAGUCUCUGUUGUUGCUUGUGUACUUCUGUAAGUAGAUACUCUCGAUUAGUCGUAUUUCUUUAAUUAAGUGUUAAAGUAUUUAUAUACAUAUAUUUAUAUGUAUGUUAUAUGUGUAUGCCAAUAUAUUAUAUUAAUAAACAAUGAAAUAAGCGCGGUCCAGUCGAACCAGCCUCUAGAUAUGUUGUAUAUCUGUUAUCUGCUACGAAACGUAAAAAUAUAUACAUAUAUUAUUUCAAAA